AUGUCAGGACGCGGCAAAGGUGGCAAGGCGAAAUCCUCGGCCAAGGCAAAAACACGCUCCAGCCGGGCAGGGCUGCAGUUUCCUGUUGGCCGAAUUCAUCGACUUCUUCGCAAGGGCAAUUACGCGGAACGGGUAGGCGCCGGUGCUCCGGUGUACCUGGCAGCGGUGCUGGAAUAUUUAGCAGCCGAAGUGCUCGAGUUGGCCGGGAAUGCGGCACGCGACAACAAAAAGAGUCGCAUCAAUCCGCGUCACCUGCAGCUCGCUGUGCGCAACGACGAAGAGCUGAACAAACUUCUGGCCGGCGUCACCAUUGCACAAGGUACCAUUAUUAUGCCUCGCAGCUCAUCGAUCACUGCUGUCUCUCCAAGUUUGGUUCGUUCCAAAUUCGGUGGUGUGCUGCCGAACAUACAUGCAGUUCUUUUGCCGAAAAAAAUUGCCGGUGAUAAAGAGUGA